AUGGACAUCAUCGUACUGAAAGUCCUGGGUCUUUAUCCAGACGACAAGCACAGCGUCUCGCUGGGCGAGCCUGCAGGCGCCAAGCGCACGCAUGCGCACUGCAGCGACAACAGUGGCGGCGCCUUGCCGCCCAAGCGCCACCGCUCAGAUCCCGCCCCAGCGCCGCAGCCGCCGCGCGCCUCCGCCAGACCCGCAAUCCCGUGUAUCCAAGACUCGCCAGUGGCGCCCGCAGGCGGCGCUCUCAGCUUGAAAGGCGGAGUGCGCAAGGGCGGCGGUGGCAGUGGCAGGGGCAGUGGCAGGGGAGGAGAACAAGGAAGAGGAAGAGGCGGGGGCGCGGCCGAGGACUGGGUCGGGGGCAAGCAG